GACCUGACGCAGCUAAUACAGAAGUGUUUGAUGGCGAAAUUCUGCCCUGUAGAGAUGUUUAUCAUGCGCGCCUCUUGUUUCCCAUUUCAAUCUCGAAGCACCAGAACCGGUUUUUACGCUCCACCGGGCUGCAAUGGCCGCUAAUCCUUGGUGCUCUCUGCGCUCAUCUUGAGUCGCGUCUCGACUUCCCGGCCACUGCGCGUUGUGCAGGACCCGCACGCUUGCCGUGACCUCUUCUACAAAGGAAACGACUUCCAGAGCUACCCCAGAGAACAGGAAAACGUGCAUCAAUCGUCAGCUGCCGUGAAAUUGCUCGCUGAUAGUACAGCCCCAGUUCGCCGAAGUCCGCCUGAAGGACAGCCACAGCGCGACGGGGGUCGGCUGACCGCAGCCACAGUGGGGCCAGACUCUGGUGUCACCCGCAGCCAGAGGGACUCUAGCCGCUAUUCCUAGCGCUCAGAUGCCAGGACCUCAGCCGCUAUGGCGUUGGGCCCGACCGAGGUACAGCUGUUAGUGACGCUGGCCGAGCUGCUGCAGACGGUGCUGGUGCCGCCCGGCCAGCCCAGCUGUGGGCUGCGCCACGAACGCGGCUUGCAAAGCAUUUGCGACCCAGCCGACGGGCAGCAACCCACCGGUCGGUUCCUGCCGCGCUUCCUCAAUCAGACGAAGGUCAGCUGGUUCGGCGAGUUCCCGUGGCUGGCGUCGGUGCGCGGCGCGCCGGCGGAGCGCGCCGACUCGCCGCUGCCCAUCUGUGGCGGCGCGCUCGUGCACCCGAGCGCCGUGCUCACCUCGGCCGCCUGCCUGCAGGGCGCGGAGCUGCGUCAGUUCACGCUCACCGUGCGGCUGGCCGAGUUCAAUCUCGGCAAGACCGUGGACUUCGGGCGGCCGGCGUCCGACCACGCGGUCGCGCGCGUCGUCUACCACCCAAACUUUCGGCGCGUCGGCGAGAACGACGUACAAAAUGACGUGGCGCUGCUGUUGCUGGAGCCGCCGGCCGCACUGGGCGACGAAGUGGGGCUCGCCUGCCUGCCCGACCGCCUGCAGACGGCAGAGCAGCAGGCGGCCGACUGGGAGCGCGGCGACUGUGUGCUGCACGGCUGGACCGAUCCGCGCAAGGGUACGUUCGACUCGGUGCUGCACCAGCCGGUCCGCUUCGUCUCCCGCGACGCGUGCCUGACCUCCUUGCGUCGCACGCAGCCGUUCCGUCCGCCGCUGCACGAGGGCUUCGUGUGCGGCCAGACCGCCGCCGGCGAGUGCUGGGCGGACGUCGGCUCUCUGAUGGCGUGUCGCUAUCCGUCCGACCGGUCACGCUGGGCGCUGGUCGGCAUGGUGCCCUGGUCCCGCCUGCGCGAGCCCUGCUCUGAAGUCUUCCGCUACACCAACAUCGGCAGGUUCUCCAGCUGGAUCGAGGACACCGUCGCUGCCCAUCUCAGCGCGCAGACCUGAGGGCUCGCUGCAAUGCAGGUCCGAUGGGAGAUAUGAAAUUCUGGUAGGCACUCAGAGAACUGCAGCAUCUCCCGCAACAUUAGUGUCUUUGUUUUGCAUCGUGAUCGUAAAAGCGGUCGGCAUGAAUCGGAUGCUGGGAAUGUUGCAGGAAGUUGAUGAGGCAUGUGUUUCUUUAUCCUCGUAUAAAAGAAAUACAUGUGAUCGUGAUA